AUGUCUAUAUAUGCUCCCGACCACACUUCAACUUUACCUUCAGAUGAUGAUAAUCAAAAAAUUAUAAUGGAUUUGACCGUUUCUCGGUUUCAAACUGUAUUAUUUCGACCUUUAUUAAGUGAUAACCAAAAUGAACGUACAAAACAAUUGGAUAGAAUUAUUGACGUUGUAAAGAAUUGGGCAAAAGAUUGUUAUUCAUCUGAUUUUUCUUCUGAAUCUCAAGAACCUUCUCCACCUUGUGCUACUUCUAAAAGGUCUUCGGUGUCUGAUGGUAGUAUUACGGUAAAUCAUCCUGCUUCUUUGACUUCUUCUCCCAUAUUCACUGAUGAUACUCCUUCGGGUUCGGUUUCUUCGUACGCUGUUUCUCCCAGUGCUGGUGGUAAUGUUACUAGUAUUAUUAAUCUUGCUACUGUUCUCUCUGGUGACCUUGCUUCUUCCGAUACCCUCCUCUCUGAUGAUAUUUUUAUGUCUAAAGACAGUCCAAAUAAUUCUUCAGCUCUAAGAACUGAUAGUAUUCCUCGAAGAUGCUCUAUAGAUCAAGAUAAUUAUGAUGGAAAUACCGAAAAGGCUCUUAAACAUCAUAUUUACACUAUUUUACGUAUGUCUAUUGACUGUCCCUUUGAUGAUGUUCGUCGAACUUUUAGAAAAUUUUUGAUAGACUUAUGGGCGAUGGGUGUACAGGUACCGGCACCAAUUUAUCCGUAUCCUUCGUAUUUUAUACCUGCUGAGGAGAUAUUGACUCUUAAAUGGUCAAAUGAACAAUAUUCUCCUUUCUCAACUACUCCAUCAACGCCAUUACAACCACCAUCGGACGAUCGAAUAUCAUCCUCUAACAUAUCGUCGACAUCAUCUCCAAAUACUUUUGUAGGGAGACAGCCUGAUGAACCUGUUAGACGUUUAAUUCUUGAAACUUUUUCUAGCGUUGGAAGAAUAAGUCAUUUACAUAGAAUUUUGUCUUAUUUUCCAAAUUUUAUGGAAAAAUAUCAAGCUUCCUUUUGUAAAAUUGUUGAAGAUGUUAGUGGUCCUGUAAAAGUUGAUGAACGAUUAUAUAUUGGAAUAAUGGCUGCAUCUCAGCACAAAUGUCAAUACCUUGUAUCACUAUUCAAACAUGAUUUUAUAAAUCAAAAUGGUGAUGCACGAUGGCUUGAAGGUUUACAAUAUGCAUCGGAAAAAAUAAAAAGUUUAGCUAGAUUGAAUUCUAUCUUGGCUCAUAAACCAUGGGAUCUUAGACCAAGUCAUAUUGAUGAACUUAUAAAAUGUGCAAAUAAUCCUAAUGGUUAUUGGAAACGUUCCGAUGUAAUUCAUGUAAUUUUAGUUCUCGCAACUUUUCAUAGUUUAAGUAGUUUUGUUAUGGGAUGUGGUAUUGUACCUGAAUAUGAUACAAAAGGUGGAAAUUAUAUGCCAUCAGAAUUUAAUCCAAAUUUAUUUGGAUGUGAUGAUUCUGAAUUUUCUUCUUAUGGAAUUUUGGAUUCAACUGAAAAAAUUCGUCCUGAUGUAGCUGCUGGUUUAGGUGUAGUUAUACCGGAUUUAUCUGCUAAAACAAAUUCUGAUUUAAAAUCCAAUAAUGAUGAACAUUCAUUACCUACUCAAAAUAAUCGGUCCUCUAUUACUGGUGAUGAAAAUACUUUAGAUACUAGUCAAUUAAUAGAAAGGUUGAAAACGCCAAACGUUACCACCACUUCAUUAUCACGUGAUGAGACAGAAACAACAACCAGUUUCAUGAAAAAUAACAUCACAAUACCGCCUCCAGGCGCUCAUGACACAGAAGACUUUUCUAUUUUUCUUGAUCCUAUCGUUGAAACACCUUAUUCUGAUUUUCCCAUAGAAAAUUCUUUAUUUAAACUUCAAGAAUAUUGUUGGGAAGAUCAUGGUGUAGAGAUGGUGAGCAAUCCUUUACCGGGUGUAGGUGAGCUCUUGGAUCAAGAAUUUACUGAAAUUCGAGAUCUUACAGAUUAUAGGAAAUUGUGUUGUACACCAGAAGAUAUUACUAUUGACGAUUGGUCAGAUAUGGGAUUUGAAUUUAGUUCCGAAGAUAAAUGCCACGUAAACCUUAUUGCCGUUGAAGCGCGUAAACAAGCUGAAUUAAUCUACGGUUUAUGGAACGUUAUGAAAUGGCGUUCAAGAGAAGAUACCGAAUGA